AUGCUCGCCAUUAAUAACAAGUUUCCAUCAUCCAUCUACUUUUGCCUCCCAAGCUCCGUUCUCGCUUGUACCCCUUACAUUCGUCCCGCCGUACCGCAGCACCGUAUGGAAAAGCCAUUCCUGCCUCUGCAGCAUGCUAUUUGUCAGAUUGAAUGGCUUCCUGUUGCCGACACCUGGCGGCAGCGACAGCAAAGACGGGAGAUCUAG